AUGUCGCCCAAGAAAGUAGCCGUAAUCGCGCGUACCACAGGUGCUGGUCCCUCGGGCCUAGUCACGGCCAAAACCCUUCUUCAUAAUUUCCCCGGCACGUUCUCGCCAAUCAUCUUUGACACCCAGAGUCAGGUUGGCGGUCUGUGGUCAAGUAGUCAUGCUCCUGAUCAGGCUGGACCCUCGGUUACAUUAGAUCCGCGAAUGCGGACGAAUCUCAGCCGCUUCACGGUUGCUUUUUCGGAUCUUGCUUGGGAGUCGGUGGUUCCUGAUGUGGAUGUUCCGGUUUUUCCUCGGGCCAGCCAGGUGGGACAGUACUUGGCGUGUUAUACGGAGCGAUAUAUCCCGGAUGAUGUGCUGAGACUAGACUGUCGAGUGGUACGGACGAGACGGAAGGUGGAAGAUGGGGUUAAUCCGACAUGGACUGUUCAGUGGACGCGGGGGAGUGCGCGGAGGACUCAGUCAGAAGAUGGCUUCCUAGACGAUGAAGUAUUGUCGGAGGAUUUCGAUUUAAUUGUCAUCGCCUCGGGAUAUUUUGCUGAGCAAUAUAUUCCAGACAUACCAGGUCUGGGACAGUUUCCAGGCCAGGUCAUCCACAGCUCGGCUCUUCAUUGUGAGCGAGAAAAGCUGUUUUCAGGAAACAAAGGCAAAGAUGGGAAUGGCAGGAUCGUUGUUAUUGGCGGUAGUAUGUCUGGUGUGGAAGCUGCAUCGGCCGUGGCUCUUCACCAAUCCUCGUCUACACUUUCAUCAACUGGCGUUCCAUGUGCCCAAGAGGUGAAAGUGCAUCAUAUCCACUCGAGGCCUUUCUGGACUCUACCGACUUAUCUCCCUCACGAAUCCUCAGAAGGCACUUUGUCAUUCUUACCUUUGGAUUUGGCCAUGUAUGACAUUGGUCGUCGACCCCCAGGCCCUAUAGAAUAUGCCUUGGGGCCGGUAUCAGAAGAAAAAGCAGUCAAAUCUAACGCUUACUUCCAUGCCUUACUUGGGAAUGACUACGAGAGAUAUGCGCAUAUGGAUUCUCCGCGUGUUGCCAGUGAAUCCAGAACUCAACCACCAUGGGUUGCCAUCGGCAAUGACUAUGCCGAGUUCGUCCGUUCUGGGAUAGUACAGACAUCAACGGGCCGGGUAUCCGCUAUUCAUUCUGAUCAGGACACCGGACUGGCUUCGGUACAGUAUGAAGGGUCUGAUGAAAGCCCGAAGACAAUAGACAAUGUGGCAGCGAUUGUAAUGGCAACGGGAUUCACGCCGUAUAAGUCUCUGUCAUUAUUGCCCGACGACGUCCUGGCUACUCUUGAAUAUUCCAAGACGGACCCAUUCUCGCCUUUGAUUCUCGACAAAGGAGGCACUGUGCGCUCGGAAAUCCCAGAUGUCGGAUUCGUUGGGUUCUACCGCGGCCCGUACUGGGGUGUGAUGGAGAUGCAAGCGAGGUUCCUUGGCAAGUUAUGGGCUGGUGAAUAUGACGAUACCGUCUGCACAACAGAUAAUCAGAAGCAAAGUCUCCGCAGUCUCAGACUGGCAGAUCCGCAUCUGGCACGUGGUCAGUUCCCCAUGGGUGACUAUGUCGGAUUGAUGGAGUCGUUCGCCAAGGAUCUGGAUAUCAGUCGUUCGGCACUGAAUGAAGGUGAAAGUCAAUCUGGACCCGUUAUCCCUGCGAGAUACCUUUAUAGGAAGCCGGGAGAUGACGAUCAGACCCUCCUGGCUCCAGAAAUUGAAGCAGGGAGGACAUUGUAUGCUUUGCGCGACGCUCUUGUUCCUGCUCAUGAUGCAGCACAAAGCGCUGCAGCGUCGGCUGUCUUUCGGGCUUUGCAUGGUUCUUGGAAGUAUUCCAAGCAGACAUCAAGCGGUACUGCGUGCGAACCAUUCUCGGGCAUCCUAGCAUUCUACCCGCGGUACCCAACUAGCCCGGCGUAUGACAGGGAAUAUGUUUGCAUGGAGACACACGCUGACUCGACUAAACUGGAAGAGCCCACACAAGGCAAAGUGCAAUUUAUCAUACGCUUGGUAGAAUCGGGCAACGGUGCUGCAACUUCUCGAAUCGAGAUCUGGUCGUCGGAUUUGACAGAUACAUUGUCGGCUAGUCAAGUCGCCCAGGUUUGGGAGUUGACGUCCCUUUUGAAAGAGGAAAAAGGAGAGGAUACUGUUCCCGGAGAGUAUGUGAUAUCUGCCAAGAGUGUUGAUUCCCGUUCUGGAAACGAGUGCUUGUAUACUUUCCAUUUCGAGGGGGUUUCGAUAUCGUCCUGGACAUGUGUUGAGCUAGGAGAUGCUUCGUCAGAAGACAAGAUGGAUGUGAUUGGAAGCGAGGGAAAGAGUAAGAAGAUCUCCUGUUUCUAUAGCAGGUGUUAG